AUGAGCCUCCAGGGAGGCGGGGGAGGAGGUCCUCCCCUCAACCCUCAUCAACUGUUGACAGCCGGAGGAGGAGGGGGAGGAGGUGGAGGAAUUCAGAUAGGAGUGCAGCUUAACAAACGCUGUAAUGGACGCCGCAGGACGUCCGAUGGCUCCUCGGCCGCCGAUCGAAGUAUGAACCUAGCGGGGCGACCCGGAAUAAUCGCCGCUGGGACGUCGGGCGUCGGUCUCCCCGCCCAACCGCAAGACAAUAAGAACCGGAAGAACGAGAAGAAGAAUGCCAACGAGAAACGGCGACGAGGAUCUGAAAAUAUAUAUAUGGGACAAUUGGCUCUUCUACUUUCGGACCUUGCGGGGAACAAUGGGCAUUCACCAAAUGCACCAGGGAAACCGAAGGCGGACAAGAACGCUGUACUCCAAAGUACGAUCGAUCAACUUAAAAAAUUGCCAUGGAACAGCGGGCACCAUGGAGGAACGGAUCUCCAGAAACUUUCGUUCCAGGGGAACCAUGUUUCGUCAUCGAGGUCGAACGUCAUGGGACUCGACAUUCUCGGGCCUCUCGCACUGGAAUCGCUAGACGGCUUCAUUUUGCUUAUCAAUCCUGAAGGUCUGAUACAAUUCGUAUCAGAGAACGUGGUGCUCUACCUGGGUCAGACGCCCACAGAGCUCGAGAGGAAAAAUAUUUUCGAAGUAGUGCAUCGAGAUGACGCGCCGAAGUUUUCCGCGAGCCUCAGACUGGCUGACGGCCAUCAGGUUGCUUCGAUGCCCAAUCAACGGAAGCGUGAGUUUUUCUGCAAGUUUCUGUGGAAAUCCAACGCCUCGGAUAACGGAUCUUUCGGAUUCGACGACGUGACCCCGGCGAACCAUCUCGGUCCUCUGCACAAAGACCCCAACCGAGCGAACUACGUCGAGAUGCACCUCAUUUCUACAAUAAUCCCAAAGAAUCAAAGUGGGCAUUCUUCGAGCUCACCUCCGUCACCAGGCGGCAACGGUCUUCUAUCGAUCGUUCGGAGAGUGUCUUCAGUCGAGCAGGGCCAGGUAUCGACAGGGCUCUGCGUCGUCGAGGAGAACAUGAGACAGUCGAUCGCGGCUUGCAGCUCGCUGGGAACCCUCGAACAGUUCACGACUCGUUUGAGUACAGACGGAAGAGUCAUCGGCUCCGAUUUGUUCGGUCUGAGUGAGCCCUAUCGUCAAAUUUUGGAACAGGCACUCGCAGAGGGUCGUCAAUUCGACGAGCUUUGCGAUCCUGCGGAUCUCGCCGAGUUCAAGAAGCAGUUUCAAGCUGUGCUUGAGUCCGAUGGUCAUACGGCAACGAAAUACUCGCUGAGAUAUAGUUUGGAUAAGCCAGCAUUUCGUGUUCAUGUACGCUUCAGGAAGUUCAACUCGUCCAACCGCGUUCUCCAGGACGCGCCCUUAGUUUACGUAAAUGCGGUCCACUCCAUUGUUCCGGAUGGACUGGUCGAGUUCGAUAGGGACGUGCCGAGUGUUUCUCCACAAAUGGGCAACCUUGCCGCAUCGAAUAACCAAAGCAGCCUACUUUCGAAUAAUUCGAACACCUUGGCAUUAAAAAGCGCAAGUGGUUCGGGCAACGGCAGCACGACACCGACCAUACCUCAGCCGAAUUUGGGAUCAAACGACGGAAACAACAACAACAACAAUAGUUUCGGAGGGAUGGGGAAGAGCUCGGAAAAACUCCGAAAUCUCCUCAUUCUGGGAAAGUCGGGUUGCAAUUCGAAUUCGGCACCGCCAAUGUCGAUAGGAACGAGUACCUCAGGGGCUGCCGCAGGCGCCGGGCCCCCAAGCGGCCAUACAAUCCUGAAGAAGCUCCUGAACAAUUCAGGGGAAGCAGGACCUCAAGGACCGGCCGACGGCAUAAAGCAAGAGACCAAACGGCAAAGCAUAUUCCUUGCUGCCAAAAAGAAUGACAAUCUGAUCGACGCACCGGACAGCAAACGGAGCCGGCCCGACGCUCAACUGGCCUGUCAAAACCCCAUGCUAGCGUCGAUGCUGGCCACGCCGAUGCCUGUCUCAAGUGUUCCGCCGCCAAUGACGAAUUCAAUCUCGCAACUCCCACAAGACCGACUACCAAAAAAUCUCGAGCAAAAACUACUGCCAACACCCAUACCGUCGACGAGCGGUCAAUGUUCAUCAUCGACGAAUACUUUAUCGUCUUCUGCAACAUCGACGCACCAGCUGAUGGCCAUGGGACACUCGUCACCCUCAGCGAGCGGAGGUGAAUUAGAGCUCUCUCAGAUAUUCGAAGAUGUCUGGAAGUUGGAGCAAGAGAGAACCCAAAUACCUUCAUCGCCCGCUCCGAAUACCCCGACCACUGUAAACUCUCUUAGUAGUUCUCAAGCGUCAAGUGCUAUAGAAACAUCAGCUGCUCAGCCGGGUCUCAUGCCCAUAUCUCCAAUCACAAAUUCCCCGGUGCUUACCUUAAUGGGUGGCGGGAUGAUGCCUCCACUAGGCGGCUCUGAGUCUCCACAGAGUUCGCUCCAAACUCUUCUCACAUCUCCAGUACCUUCUCCACGUCCUCAGAUUUCCGCUCCCCUAGCCACAGGACACAUGAUCAAGAGCCCAGGCUCUCACACACCUAUACUUGUUGCUCAGAGCUCGAGUCCCUCGAUAGUUUUGCCAGGACCGCCAGUCGCAAGUCCGCUCACCAACACGUCUACCCAUGACGAUCAUUCCAAUUCCCCCUCGGUCCUGUCUAUUUCGUCGCCAUCGAGUUUUCCUCUGGGCGCGAGCUCUCCCCCCCUGGUGCCCCCGGCUGUUCUGCGGAACGUCGUACCACCACAGGUGGUUGCCAUGCAGCAGCAACAGCAGCAACAGCAGCAACAGCAGCAGCAGCCGCAACAGCAGCAGCAACAGCAGCAGCCGCAACAUCUAGGGAACAACCAAGAAGAACUCGACCUAGAAACGAUACUCGAUGACUUUGUUGACGAGGCAGCUCCAGCGGUGUCUCCCUUGGAUCCCAAACAAGCCAUCUCCGCAAUCGAACGGCAACUGAUGAGCACGAGUAAUUCUAUCGUCAGUGAACCUUACCUCGGUCCUCCGCGGUUACCUCCGCAAUCCAUGCAAAUGGGUCCGCCCUUGGGCUUGAGUCUGGGCAUGCAGAUGCAGAUACCGACGCAGCAGCAGCCUCAGCUGCAGCAACAGCAUCAUAUGUCCGCAGUCAGCCGCUUGGCCUACCAACAGGGUGGGAUGGUGUCCGCCGUACCGCGGACCCAGUUGCGGAUGAUGGGAGUUCCUAUGGGCCACCCAGCAAUGGGAGUUGUGGUCCAGCAGCAGCAGCAGCAAGCUCAGCAAAUGGCAGGAAACACAAAUUUCAAGCUACAGCAGCAGCAGCAGCAGCUCCAGAGACACAAAAUGAUAGAUCCGCAACAAAUGGCUCGCCUAUUGGCCAACCAACAGAGCCAGCUCAUUCCCCGGCAGCAACAACCGUCGCUGAGCUUACAGCAACAACAACACCAACAGCAAUCUCAACAAGCACAUUUGCAGCUCAUUAACGAUUCGGAACCUCCGCCCAACGUCAGUCUUCAGCCCGCGUCGCCAAAGUGGCCGAUUCCUCCUCGAAUGGGCGGACCGAUGGUUCCUGGUGCUCAACACCUCCGAGCUCAGCCCCAACCGUACCAACAGGGACCUUUACAGUGA